UCUGCUCUCCCCUUCCUCACUCUCGCUGUCGUCGCCACUCUUUGGGUGCGUGCAGUGAAGUACUCAUAUCAUACCCUUCUCUCUCCCUCUAUGUGUGUUUAAAGCCUCACACUCUCUUCACUCUUAUUCCCUCACUCUGUUCUCCAGAAGCAGAGCAGCUAUGUCCGCACUUCUUCUUCCUCUGUCUCUCCUCCUCCUCCUUCUUCCUUCCAUUCUCUCUCUCAACCAGGAGGGUCUCUACCUUUACCAGUUCAAGCUCUCUCUUGACGACCCUGAUGGCUCUCUCUCCUCCUGGAACCCCCGACACGUCACCCCAUGUGCUUGGUCCGGCGUCACCUGCGAUAACUCCAGCUCCUCCGUCACUCAACUCGACCUUUCCAAUACCAACGUCGCCGGUCCAUUCUCCGCUUCCAUCCUCUGCCGCCUCCCCAACCUCUCCUUCGUUUCCCUCUUCAACAACUCUGUUAACCAGACACUCCCUUCAGGAAUCUCCUCUUGUCGUUCCCUCGUUCACCUUGACCUCUCUCAGAACCUCCUCACCGGUGAACUCCCACACACUCUGUCUCUGCUUCCCAAUCUCAGGUAUCUCGACUUGACCGGAAACAAUUUCUCGGGUCCUAUUCCUGACUCCUUCGGGAGCUUCCAGAAGCUUGAGGUUAUUUCUCUCGUGUCUAAUCUUUUUGAAGGUACCAUUCCCGCUUCUCUGGGCAAUAUCACCACAUUGAAGAUGCUCAAUCUUUCUUAUAACCCGUUUUACCCGGGUCGGAUCCCGCCGGAGAUCGGGAAUCUUACUAAUCUGGAGGUGCUUUGGUUAACGCAAUGUAACUUGGUUGGCACGAUUCCUGACUCACUCGGGAAGUUGAAGAAGCUGAAGGAUUUGGACCUGGCGUUCAAUAAUUUGUACGGUUCGAUCCCGAGUUCGUUGAUGGAGAUGACGAGUUUGAACCAGAUUGAACUGUAUAAUAACUCAUUGUCCGGUGAGUUGCCUCGGGGAUGGUCGAACCUCACUGCAUUGAGGCUGCUCGACGCGUCAAUGAACCACUUGACGGGGACGAUUCCGGACGACUUGUGUCGUUUGCCUCUGGAAAGCCUCAAUCUCUACGAAAAUCGUUUCGAGGGUGAGUUGCCGAAGAGCAUAGCGGACUCUCCUAAUCUCUAUGAACUGAGAUUGUUCGGGAACAGGCUCACCGGUAAGCUUCCGGCGAGUCUGGGGAAAAAUUCUCCGUUACGGUGGAUUGACCUGUCGACAAAUCAAUUCUGGGGAGGAAUUCCGGCUAGUUUGUGUGACCAGGGGCAGUUGGAGGAGCUUCUUAUGAUAUACAAUUUGUUUUCUGGCGAGAUCCCGGCGAGUUUGGUGUGUCAGAGCUUGACACGAGUCAGGCUCGGUUACAACCGGUUGUCCGGCGAAGUUCCGGCGGGUAUAUGGGGGCUUCCUCAUGUAUAUCUUCUGGAGCUCGUGGAUAACUCCUUGUCGGGUCCAAUUUCUACAACCAUUGCUGGAGCUGGGAAUCUGUCAUCAUUGAUUCUAUCGAAGAACAAUUUCAGCGGAGCGAUCCCUGAUGAGAUUGGAUGGUUGGAAAAUCUUGAGGAAUUUUCUGGAAGUGAUAACAACUUUAGUGGAUCGCUGCCUGAUAGUAUUGUGAAUCUUGGGCAACUUGGAACUCUUGAUCUUCACAACAAUAAACUCUCUGGCCAGCUCCCAAAGGGAGUGCGAUCUUUGAAGAAACUCAAUGAGUUGAAUUUGGCGAACAAUGAUAUUAAUGGCAAUAUUCCUGAUGAAAUUGGGAGUUUGUCCGUGCUUAAUUUCCUUGAUCUUUCCCACAAUCAACUUUCAGGGAAAGUUCCUCGUGGUUUACAGAAUUUGAAGCUUAAUCAGCUGAAUUUGUCUUAUAAUCGACUUUCUGGAGAGCUUCCCCCUCAGUUGGCCAAGGAUAUGUACAGGACUAGCUUUUUGGGUAAUCCUGGUUUGUGUGGGGAUUUGAAGGGCCUAUGUGAUGGAAGUGACGAAGUUAAAAAUGCAGGUUAUAUUUGGUUGCUUCGAGCCAUGUUCAUUGUGGCCACUUUGGUGCUUCUCAUCGGUGUGGUCUGGUUCUAUUUCAAGUAUAGGAACUUCAAGAACGCAAGAAGAGCCAUUGAUAAAUCAAAAUGGACAUUGAUGUCGUUCCAUAAACUGGGUUUCGGCGAAGACGAGAUUCUGAACUGCCUUGAUGAUGACAAUGUGAUAGGAAGUGGAUCAUCAGGGAAAGUUUACAAGGUUGUACUUAGCAAUGGGGAGGCAGUUGCUGUGAAGAAACUAUGGGGAGGUGUCGUGAAGGACAUCGAGAGUGGUGAUUUUGAAAAAGGUCAGGUUCAAGACAAUGCUUUCGAUGCAGAGGUUGAGACUCUAGGCAAAAUCAGGCAUAAGAACAUUGUUAAGUUGUGGUGUUGCUGUACUACCAGGGACUGCAAGCUAUUGGUGUAUGAGUACAUGCCUAAUGGAAGUCUCGGAGAUUUGCUGCAUAGUAGUAAAGGAGGGUUAUUGGAUUGGCCGACGAGGUAUAAGAUAGCGGUUGAUUCUGCAGAAGGCCUCUCAUAUCUGCAUCAUGACUGUGUUCCUCCAAUUGUUCAUAGAGACGUAAAAUCCAACAAUAUCUUGUUGGAUGGUGACUUUGGUGCAAGGGUGGCUGAUUUUGGUGUAGCUAAGGUGGUUGAAACCACUGCAAAGGGAGCUAAAUCCAUGUCCGCCAUAGCUGGGUCAUGUGGGUACAUUGCACCAGAAUAUGCAUAUACUCUCAGAGUGAAUGAGAAGAGUGACAUAUAUAGUUUUGGCGUUGUCAUACUUGAGUUAGUUACCGGAAGGCGCCCAGUAGACCCAGAAUUCGGGGAAAAAGACUUGGUUAAGUGGGUCUGCACCACCAUAGAUCAGAAAGGUGUGGAUCAUGUACUUGACUCCAGACUUGAUUCUUGUUUCAAAGAAGAGAUUUGCAAGGUCCUCAACAUCGGCCUCAUGUGCACUAGCCCACUUCCAAUCAACCGCCCUGCCAUGAGAAGGGUGGUGAAGAUGUUGCAAGAAGCAGGCACGGACAGCAAUCAAACAAAGGCAUCAAAAAAAGAUGGCAAGUUGUCACCAUAUUACUACGAUGAUGGCUCUGAUCAUGGAAGUGUAGCUUAGUUCAACUUCUUGUCAAGUGCUAUUUUGGUUGUGAAGGAGAAAAAAAGCUGCCGCCUGCAAGCCUUUUCUUUUUACAUGUAGAGAGCCUACAUAACAUCCCUCCAAGUUUUUUUCCAGUCACGGGUUUGCCUCACAGAACUUGAAAAGAAAAAAAGAUAUGAAACCUUUUUUUGGGGGGACUUAAUUAAUUUACUUUCUUGGAUUUUCUUAUUCUCACACUGUAAAAUAGGUCCAUAUUUAAAUGAGUGUUUGCAUGACUACUGCUAGAAAUGAUAUAUAAUAUAUAUAUUUUCACUGUUUUGAAAGAUUCAA